AUGGAAAAGAAGGAUGCUGAACUUCUAGCCUUCACAGGUUGGACCAUUUGGAAUCGUAGAAAUCAAAUCAGGUUUAAGGAAGUUAUGUGUCCUAUAAACCAUAUCCUCCCACUGUCAAAGGAAAGGAAGGUAGAGUUUCAAAACCUCCACCCGGCAACAAGAACGGUCCAACAUAGGAAUCAUACGAGAUGGAAGCCGCCGGAGUCAGAAGCUUACAAGGUAAACUAUGAUGGCGCGACCUUUGCAGAACAAGGAAAAGCUAGCAUAGGAGUAGUUGUACGAAACUCAGAAGGAGCAGUCAUGGCUUCUCUGUCACAGCAGGUCCCUCAUCCAACAAUAGUGGCCCAAGUGGAAGCUAUGGCAGCCAGGAAAGCAAUUGAGUUUGCUCUAGAGAUUGGCCUUACAAGAGUUAUCAUCAAAGGUGACUCAGAAACCAUCUAUAGAGAACUUAAUAGCACUGAUCCAUCCCUAGCUUUACAUGGGCAUGUGAUUCAAGACAUUAGAUGCUUAGCUUCCUCUUUUGUUAGUCAUAGUUUUACUCAUGUUCGCCGUCAAGGAAAUAAUGUAGCUCAUGCUUUAACAAGAUGGGCAAUUAACUCACCCAAUUUAACUGUCUAG